UUCUUCCAAAUUCUUCUAUGACAAGUUAUUGUUCAUUUCUUCACAAAACUGAUACUCAAAUUAUAAAAGGAAAAAUAAUUAAUAAAGAAAGUUGUCCUGUAAAAUUUUAUCAUAUCUUACCUAAAGAUUUAUCUGAAUGCCCAUUUAUUGUAGUAAUUUCUGUUGGUAUUCACAAUCAUCCACCUCCACCUCCUGUAAAAACUCCACAAAAUAUAAUUGAAAAUUUACAAUCAAUUAUUAAUAAUGAAGAUAAUCUUGAUCUUACUGCACAUAAACUUCUUACAAGAGUUACAUAUGAGUUAUUAAAACAAAAAAAUUUAUCAGAUCCAUAUAUUCGAACUGCUAAACAAACAGAAUUAUUUGCACAAACAUUAUAUGCAGAAAUUGAUAUGGCUUUUAAACGAAUUCACGGUACUACAAAUGAAUGGGAAAUUUGUGCAUAUAUAAAUCGUUAUCAAAAAACAUUAGUUUUUGCACGGGUUUUUACAAAUGUUCAAUCAGCAAAUGCAUAUCAGCAUUUAUUUGAAGAUUUAUUUACUAUUGUUAAAAAUGAUACACAAAUACCAUUUAAAUUUCAACAUAUUCAUGGAAGUGGAUUAGGUUGUUUAAUUGCUGAUGAACAUCAAGGUCUUGGUCAAUAUCUUCAUUCUAAAUAUAAUUAUUUAUCCUGUGAAGAACAUUUACAACAUAUAUAUAAAUUAUGUCAAAUUCAUUUUAAUCGUAAUAUUCGAAAUAAAGCAAUUUCUAAUGAAAUAAAAACACUAAUGUAUUCAAUACCAACAUUAAAAACUCAAGAGCAAGUAUUAGAAACAUUAACAAAAAUUAAAAAAUCUGACGAAUUAGGAGCUGCAG